AGUCUAUUAUUAUCGAUGAUGGUAUCGAUGCGCACGUGUGUAUGCGAUAUGCGUACGUACGUCGCAAGUCACAACAAGUCCACUUACUUUUCAACCAACAAGUUCAGUCGGUGCGAGUAUGGCAUGGGAGCUGUCUUUCUGAAUGUCAAAAUACAUUAACUUUUAGACCAUGGCGAAUAACAAACGAAUGGUUUAUGUGGGUAGGAGGGCUUGCUGAAGAAGUUGAUGAGAAGGUCCUGCAUGCUGCCCUCAUUCCAUUUGGGGAUAUUCUGGAUAUCAACAUUCCCUUGGAUUAUGAAACGGAAAAGCACCGAGGCUUUGCAUUUGUUGAAUUUGAGUUUGCAGAGGAUGCUGCUGCUUCAAUUGAUAAUAUGAAUGACUCUGAGCUGUUUGGAAGGACAAUACGAGUCAACCUUGCCAAGCCAAUGAAAAUCAAAGAGGGACAUUCCAAACCAGUUUGGUCUGAUGAUAAUUGGCUGAAGAAGUAUGCAGGAGCAACAUUGAAAGCACAGGAAGAUAAGGAUGGGAAAGGCGGACAAGGUGAUGAGGAAACGGGCAAAAGAUCAGCAGAAACAGAUUCAAAUGAGGCAGGUGCUCCACCUCUCAAGAGGUCAAAAGGCAAUCCUCAUGUGUACUUUGACAUCAAGAUUGGAACCAAGCAAGUGGGUCGUAUUGUCAUGGUUCUCCGGGCAGACAUCGUUCCUAUGACAGCAGAGAAUUUCAGGUGUCUUUGCACACAUGAGAAGGGCUUUGGCAUGAAAGGCAGCACAUUUCACAGAAUCAUUCCAACAUUUAUGUGUCAAGGAGGAGAUUUUACAAACCACAAUGGCACUGGAGGAAAGUCCAUCUAUGGCAAGAAAUUUGAAGAUGAAAACUUCAUCUUAAAACACACACAACCUGGAGUAUUAUCUAUGGCGAAUUCAGGACCUGGUACGAAUAGCUCACAGUUCUUCCUCAUAACUGCAAAGACAGAAUGGCUCGAUGGAAAACAUGUGGUGUUUGGUCAUGUGACCGAAGGAAUGGACAUUGUAAGAAAGAUUGAAAAUGUUGGAACAAAGUCAGGAAAACCUAAAGAAAAAGUGACCAUUUGUGACUGUGGUGAACUGGUAUAGUUGAUCUUGGUCAACUCUGGAACACUCUACAGAUGAGUUCUACCAUCAUGAGGGAAGCAUCCAGCAACAAACCAGCUAGCUACUGGCCUUCUCAUCAUAAGAAUCUUUCUUAGCUUUUAACAAAUACUUUUAAACAGUUUUGGAUUCUGAAAUAAUGUAGAAACCAACGAGGAAGGCUAAGGACGGUUAUUUGAGGAAAAAACAAGGAGGUUUGUUGCACAAGUGUGUAAUCAAGUGUGUGACAAUUAGCUUUUACAAUCCAACAAUGGUCUGGAUGUGAGAAUGAUAAUGUCUUUGUGCUGAGCAAUGCCUAAUUGUAUUCUACUUCUAAUACAAGGCCACAGUUGACAGUUGGUAGUCCAUGGGCCCUUUGCACACUUGUGUGGUAAGAGAGGCCACACGUGUUGAGUAUCUUUCAGGUCUAAUUGGGAACAAAAUAAACAGGAAAUAGGGCAAUUCCAGCAUCAAGGACAUUACAAAUCAGACAAUGUUUUUGUUAUUUUUAUUUUUACUUUUGGAGUUAGUGAAUAAACCUUAAAAUGUAUUUAUCAUUGUCAAGGAGAUUAUACACUGUGAUUUUGGGAUCAUUUCUCUGAAUUAUUAAUUAAAUAUCGUGGUUAAUUGGCUUUGUCACAGAUUACAUUUUUUUGAUUUUUUUUUAAUACUUUAACAUCUGUGCAAAUUUCUGUGAAUGUGUGGAUAUAUUUUAGAAAAAAAGUACUAAUGUUAUGAUAAGAACAUGUUGAAAAAGGUUCAUGGCCAAAUGGUGUUGAACCAAUUCUGCAUUUGAUCUGUAGUCCCUUAAAUUUGGCAUCAUGAACAUUGCAAUUUGGAUGUCAAGGACAUUACGCUGAAUUUUCCCUGUUAAUUUGAAGUUGGGUCAGCUAAUUGAUUGAAAGAGUUCAGUUUGUCACUUCUUGAAACUGUUUUGAUGAUAAACUUGCUAUUUCAAUCAUUUCAUGGAAGCAAAAAUAUGAAAAUAUUUAACCUAACAAUAUAAACAGUUCAUUUAUGUCACAUGACAUAUACCAGAUUUUGUUAAAGAAAUUCAUACCAAGAGAUACAGUAGCUACUAAAGUCAGUUUAGUGAACAUGCUUCACUGAAUUCCUCUUAACCUGAUAUCAAUCAGAAUGUUCAGAAAUAUGAAUGUAACAGACAUGCUUAGUAGUCCAUUACAUGAACCAAAGGAUGAUGUUCUGUUUCCUCAAGUCUAUACUUUUCCUAGUUUAAAUUGUUCAAGCUCAUACUGUAUGAGCUUGAACAAUUUAAAGUAGAUACAGGGUGACCCCCCCAAAAAGUUGUGCAAGCAGACAUCGUUGCAUUUCUCAAAAAGUAUCUAACAUGAGUAUUUCAUUUUGAUGGAGAAUAUUGAAUAUACUCUUGUGUAUAAUCAGUGAAAGUGUCAUGGAAACCCUUUCAUGCAAACCAGAGCUGUAACAGAUCAUAAAAGGAUAUGUGCUUUUCAACUAUUCCAAUGGGAAUUACACAUUGCAUUGGAAAUCACUCAACCGGCACUCUGCAAUGGGUCUUUUCAUUUAACUGUGUAAAUCCAUCGGAACAGGUGAAAAACACAUUGCCAUUUAUAAUCUGUUGUAUCUCUGGUUUGUAUGAAUGGAUUUUCAUCAAAUUUUCACUGUGAUGCUGAUGUUUUUGAAAAAUUUAAAGGUGUCUGCGUGCACAAGUUUUUUGGGGUCACCCCAUACAUUUGUGUGCUGUAUACACAAAGAAAUGAUACUGAAUAAAUUAACUGUCAUUCUGAGGCAUUUUAGAGUUUCUAGUUCCAGCAGCAUGGUGUGAAUCCAUGUUGAUGACUCGGGAGGGAAGGAAUUACUCCUCAAAAUAGACAAUGGACACAAUUUGACACUUUGUUGCAUUAUUCAUAAUACUGCUCAGAGCUGUAUUUAUUGUUGCAGGCAAUUAAAUUUGCCCCAAACUUCCAGCGCGGGCCAAAUCACAAUUUCAUGCCCUCAAAUUCUCUGUAAUUAGAGGUUUUUAUGGCCCAUGCAGUUUGUGAUUUGUAAAAAUAAAGGAUGGAUGCUCUGCACAGGACUUUGGGCUUCUGUUUCUGUGAAAUUUGUAUUGUAUUAGGCUCUAAAAUUGCUCUUUUUUCCAGUGGACUGGAGGAAUCAUUUUCCAAAAUGGCGCUGGACCUCAUGACUACUUUAAGGGAUGAUCAUCGCUCGAGUACAAUUUUCCCCCAAAGUCUUUGGUUAACCGCCAAAAAAAUGCACAGAGUGAAAAGAUGAUGAAAUAAGCUUUAGUUUGAUAGGUGAUUUUUUGAAGUGGGGGCAUUUUGUGUUAUAUGAAUUUAAUAAAUCUCACUAAAAUGUAGUGCACUAUACAUUUUUAUAUGAAUUCUGGCCAGUCUUUCAGUAAACACAGAACAACAAAUGCAUAAUAUAAAAUAAAGACUUUCUUUGCUUUUGAAAAUUGAAACCUUUCUCAACAGGUCAUUUCCACUGUUUCAACUAAAAAGAAACAUUGUUAGGGUUUUUUAGAGGGCAGUGGUUUUGUAUGACUGGGAUAGGUAUGAGUAAACCUUGUGUGCAUUCAUUGUCACUAAAUUAAAAUACCGGUAAAUAA